AUGGCUUCUCUCUUCAUUCUCUCCUGCAAAGCAUUUCUUCUCAUGAUUCUUUGUUCCUCUUUCAACCAUUUCUUCUUUGUAACAUCCACUGAAUUCGAAGUUGGCGGCGAUGGUGGCUGGGUUCUUCCCAAGUCUAGGAACCACGAGAUGUACAAUCAGUGGGCUUCUCAAAACAGGUUCAAGGUCGACGACACUGUUCAUUUCAAGUACAAGAAAGACUCAGUUUUGGUGGUGACUGCGGAAGAGUACGAUAAAUGUCACUCGGCUCAUCCUGUAUUCUUCUCCAAUAACGGUGCCACUGUCUUCAAAUUGGAUAAACCUGGCUUGUUCUAUUUCAUCAGUGGGGUUGCUGGACACUGCGAGAGGGGACAGAAGAUGAUCAUCAAAGUUUUGGAGCCGGAAACCGCACCGCCUCUGUCCUCCAAAAAGAACACCACAACAGAAUCAUCACAUAAGAGUGGUGCAGUGGAGAUGGCUGCCAUUUCUUCUCCAAUCAGUGUGCUGUUGUUUAUGGUGUCAUUCUUUGGGGUCCUUUUCAUUUGA